AUGGAUGAACAAGAAUGGCAACGAGAAGCACCAUCAUCAGGUGGAGGCGCUGAUGAAUUGGCCAUGGAAAUGUACCCAUUAGUACCACCAAUGUUUUUGAAACAGUUUACAGGAAAGACUCCAUUUCAGUUUGAUCGUCCUAUUGAGUAUAUCAUCGUAUGGUGCGACAGUAUGUGUUGUUGUGAAAUGGUAAGAAAUGAGGAGGAUGCAACGGAAACAGUACCUUUAAUAAUACGAUUUGGAGGACAUUGCUCAGAUACUGUAAACAAGAUGUAUGUUGGAUGCGUGGUUGCAGUACGAUCGUAUCUUGAAGUUAAACAUGUUUUGAAGCGGAGCAAAAUGAUGCCGAUUACUUCAGUUGGAUGUGACUUCAGGGAUAUGUUCUAUGGAGGUAUGCCAAAUUAAUAUUUGUAUGUAUCUAAAUUUUAGGAGCACCACAACCUUCGGCAUUUGCGUUGGAAUGGAUGGUUACCUAUAUGCCUGUUAUUGACAGAAGUUUGGGGUUGUUAGUUGAAGACUUAUCUUACGGUGAAAACUUUCUGUAUCUACGUGGUAAAGUGCGAGAUUACGAGUACAACGAAGAGAUUACGGUAACCUACGAGAAGUGGCCUUUUUUGAAGGAAAAAAAGUUGCCUCCCAUCAAUACGGCUGUGGUCUUGAACUAUGUUAAAGUAAGUUGUGAUCUUUUUAUCAACGUUUUGAAGGUAAAAUUGGUGAGAUAUUUAUCAAUUUUAGCUUACGAAUUAUAGUUUUAAAAAAUUGGGAGGUUAUUAAAUUUUAAUAGUACAAGAUUAAAGUAAAGUUCUUCGAAUUAGUAAUAACAACUUCAAAUUUUUAGUUUGUGGAUCCCUAUAUCUCGUUUACGAACAAGCAUGGAAGUCAAAUUCCAUUGCCUCAGUACAUGAUAAAAUAUGUUAAAGCGGAUAAAGACACAACCGAGUACGUGUUUGGGUGGGUAGAUUUAUCUCUCCAGUUUUCUAGACGAUAUCAAUGA